AUGCCUAGUGGGAUUCUUUUUUGGAGAGAUAUGAUUGAUAUGUUAUGGGGCAUUGCUGGAAGUCUCGAAAGAAUCCACUCUGAAGGAAAAGUACAUAAAAAUCUUCAUGGAGGAAAUUUACUUAUUGAGGAUAAGAAAAUUUCUAACCAGAUAGAGAAUAGACCUAUUACGAAAAUUGGAUGGGAUGAUCCAAAUCCUUCAGAAAUUUCGAAUGACAUUUCUAUUGCAGAUAAAAAAGGAUAUAAAAUGAUUCCUCAAUUAUCUAAAAAUUAUAUUCAUCCAGGAAUACAUCCAGAAGUAUAUUAUACAAGCAGACUUUUGUAUUUUCCUGAAUUAUUAAAAAAAGUGAUUAAUUUGAUUAUUUAUAAUUUCUAA